CCUCUCUCUCGUUCUGACCGCUGUCCACCUCCGUCCUCCGACCUCCACCAUGGGAGACGCUCUGAUGGCCGAGUUCGGGAAGGCUGCUCCUUACUUGAGGAAGUCGGAUAAGGAGCGUCUAGAGGCUCAGACUAGACAGUUUGACAUCAAAACGCAGUGCUUUGUUGUUGAUGAUAAAGUAGAAUACGUAAAAGGACAAAUCCAGAGCAAAGAGUCCGACAAGGUGACUGUCAAGAAGGAGGAUGGAACCACCGUGACUGUGAAGGAGUCUGAUGUUCAUCCCCAGAAUCCACCAAAGUUUGAUAAGAUUGAAGACAUGGCCAUGUUUACGUUCCUCCACGAGCCAGCGGUGCUGUUUAAUCUCAAAGAGCGUUACGCCGCCUGGAUGAUCUACACCUACUCUGGGCUCUUCUGCGUCACCGUCAACCCUUACAAAUGGCUGCCAGUCUACGACAAAGAGGUGGUGGAAGCCUACAGGGGGAAGAAGAGGACCGAGGCCCCCCCUCACAUCUUCUCCAUCUCUGAUAACGCCUACCAGUACAUGCUCACUGACCGGGAGAACCAGUCUGUCCUCAUCACCGGAGAAUCCGGGGCGGGAAAGACGGUGAACACCAAAAGAGUCAUCCAGUACUUUGCCAGCAUCGCUGCAGUUGGCGGAGCCAAAAAAGACACCAGCAAAGGAACGCUGGAGGAUCAAAUUAUCCAGGCAAACCCCGCACUCGAGGCCUUUGGCAACGCCAAGACUCUGAGAAAUGACAACUCGUCUCGCUUCGGAAAGUUCAUUCGAAUUCAUUUUGGAACGAGCGGGAAGCUGUCGUCUGCUGAUAUUGAGACGUACCUGCUAGAGAAGUCACGUUGCACCUAUCAGCUCAAGGCUGAGAGGAACUACCACAUCUUCUACCAAAUCCUGUCCAAUGAGAAGCCAGAGCUGCUGGACAUGCUGCUCAUCACCAACAACCCCUAUGACUACGCCUACAUCUCCCAAGGAGAGGUAACAGUCGCCUCCAUCAACGACUCUGAGGAGCUGAUGGCCACUGACAGCGCCUUCGACGUGCUUGGCUUCACCGCUGAUGAGAAGAUGGGCGUCUACAAGCUGACCGGUGCCAUCAUGCACUAUGGCAACCUGAAGUUUAAAAAUAAGCAGCGUGAAGAGCAGGCCGAACCCGACGGGACAGAGGCGGCUGAUAAAUCAGCUUACCUGAUGGGGCUGAACUCAGCAGACCUCAACAAAGGGUUGUGCCAUCCCAGAGUCAAGGUGGGAAACGAGUAUGUCACCAAGGGCCAGAGCGUGGACCAAGUCUACUACUCCAUCGGUGCUCUGGCUAAGUCAGUGUAUGAGAAGAUGUUCAACUGGAUGGUGGUGAGAAUCAACCAAUCAUUGGACACCAAACAGCACCGGCAGUACUUCAUAGGGGUGCUGGAUAUUGCUGGAUUUGAAAUCUUUGAUUUCAACACAUUCGAGCAGCUCUGCAUCAACUACACCAACGAGAAACUGCAACAGUUUUUCAACCAUCACAUGUUUGUUCUGGAGCAAGAAGAGUACAAAAAAGAGGGAAUUGACUGGGAGUUCAUCGACUUUGGGAUGGACCUGCAGGCCUGCAUUGACCUUAUCGAGAAGCCUAUGGGAAUCCUGUCAAUUCUGGAGGAAGAAUGCAUGUUCCCCAAAGCCAGUGACCAGACCUUCAAGGCCAAGCUCUACGACAAUCAUCUGGGAAAAAACAAAAUGUUUGAGAAACCGAGACCGGCGAAGGGAAAGGGAGAGGCUCACUUUGCCCUGGUUCACUAUGCUGGAACGGUGGACUACAACAUCUCUGCCUGGCUGGUGAAAAACAAAGACCCCCUGAACGAAACUGUGGCCGGUCUCUACCAGAAAUCCUCCCUGAAGCUGCUGAGUCUGUUGUUUUCAACCUACUCAGGAGCUGAUGGUGGAGAUAAAGCAGGUGGCAAAGGGGGCAAGAAGAAAGGUUCCUCAUUCCAGACAGUGUCAGCUCUUCACAGGGAAAAUCUGAACAAGCUGAUGACCAACCUAAAGACCACUCAUCCCCACUUUGUCCGGUGUCUGAUUCCUAAUGAGAGGAAAAUUCCAGGAGCCAUGGACAACUGCCUGGUGAUGCACCAGCUGCGCUGCAACGGCGUUCUGGAAGGCAUCAGGAUAUGCAGGAAGGGUUUCCCAAACAGGGUGCUUUACGGCGACUUUAAGCAGCGCUACCGGAUCCUGAAUGCCUCCGCCAUCCCUGAAGGUCAGUUCAUUGACAGUAAAAAAAGUGCUGAGAAGUUGUUGGGAUCUCUUGACAUUGACCACACUCAGUACAGGUUUGGCCACACAAAAGUCUUCUUCAAAGCUGGGCUGUUGGGAACGCUGGAAGAGAUGAGGGAUGAGCAACUCUCCCGAAUCAUCACCAGGAUUCAGGCGAAUGCCAGAGCAAUCCUCAUGAGAGCGCAAUUUGCCAAAAUUUUAGAACGCAGAGAUGCCCUGAUGGUGAUCCAGUGGAACCUCCGGUCUUUUUUGAGCGUGAAGAACUGGCCUUGGAUGAAGCUCUUCUUCAAGAUCAAACCCUUGCUGAAGAGUGCUGAGUCUGAAAAGGAGAUGGCGAACAUUAAGGACGAAUUCAGCAAGCUGAAGGAAGCUCUGGAAAAAUCUGAAGCACGGCGAAAGGAGCUGGAAGAGAAAAUAGUGACUUACCUACAAGAGAAGAACGAUCUGACCCUGCAGAUCCAGUCUGAACAGGACACACUGACAGACGCGGAAGAACGCUGUGAACAACUUAUCAAGUGCAAGAUUCAACUGGAGGCCAAAAUGAAAGAAAUGUCUGAAAGGCUGGAGGAUGAGGAGGAGAUGAAUGCCGAUCUCACGGCAAAGAAACGUAAGCUUGAAGAUGAGUGCUCUGAGCUGAAGAAAGAUAUCGAUGACUUAGAGCUAACUUUGGCCAAGGUGGAAAAGGAGAAGCAUGCUACGGAGAAUAAGGUAAAAAACCUGAUGGAGGAGAUGGCUUCUCAAGAUGAGAACAUCCUGAAGCUGACCAAAGAGAAGAAGGCUCUGCAGGAGGCCCACCAGCAGACACUGGAUGACCUGCAGAGUGAGGAGGAUAAAGCCAACAGUCUGUCCAAAGCUAAAGCUAAACUGGAACAGCAAGUGGAUGAUCUAGAAGGAUCAUUGGAGCAAGAGAAGAAAAUCCGGAUGGACCAGGAGCGCUCCAAGAGGAAGUUGGAGGGGGACUUGAAACUGACCCAGGAAAGUCUGAUGGACAUAGAGAAUGACAAACAGCAGCUGGAAGAAAAGCUCAAGAAGAAGGACUUCGAGGUCAGCCAAGUAAGUUCAAGACUAGAAGAUGAGCAGGUGGCUUCAGUUCAGCUCCAGAAAAAGCUAAAGGAAAAUCAGGCCCGAAUCGAGGAGCUGGAGGAGGAGCUGGAUGCUGAGCGUGCAGCCCGGGCAAAAGUGGAGAAGCAGCGCUCAGAUCUCUCCAGAGAGCUGGAGGACAUCAGUGAGCGCCUGGAGGAAGCUGGUGGGGCCACAUCAGUUCAGGUGGAGUUGAACAAAAAGAGAGAUGCUGAAUUUCAGAAGCUCCGCAGGGAGCUGGAGGAAUCAACCCUUCAGCACGAAGCCACUGCCGCCACCCUGAGAAAGAAACACGCAGACAGCGUUGCCGAACUGGGAGAACAGAUCGAUAAUCUGCAGCGUGUCAAGCAGAAGCUGGAGAAAGAAAAGAGUGAGCUGAAGCUGGAGCUAGAUGACUUGUCCUCCAACAUGGAGAGUGUGGUGAAAGCCAAGUCAAACAUCGAGAAGAUGUGCCGCACAAUGGAAGACAACAUGAAUGAGUACAAGAGUAAGUUUGAGGAGGCUCAGCGGUCAGUCAAUGACCUGACGACGCAGAGGGCCAAGCUGCUCACCGAGAACGGGGAGUUUGGCCGGCAGCUGGAGGAGAAGGAGUGUCUGAUAUCACAGCUGACCAGAGCCAAGACUUCGUACAACCAGCAAAUGGAAGACAUUCGUCGACAGUUGGAGGAGGAAGUGAAGGCAAAGAACGCCCUCGCCCAUGCCGUGCAGUCCGCUCGUCAUGACUGUGAUCUGCUCAGAGAACAGUUUGAGGAGGAACAGGAAGCCAAAGCUGAGCUGCAGAGAGCUCUGUCCAAGUCCAACACAGAGGUUUCAGCGUGGAGGACUAAAUAUGAGACUGAUGGGAUCCAGAGGACAGAGGAGCUGGAAGAGGCCAAGAAGAAGUUGGUUCAGAGACUGCAAGAAGCAGAGGAGGCCAUCGAGGCAGUGAAUGCAAAGUGCUCUUCUCUGGAAAAGACCAAAAAUCGCCUCCAAAAUGAGAUUGAAGAUCUCAUGCUGGAUUUAGAGAGAUCUAAUGCUGCCUCAGCAGUUCUGGACAAAAAGCAAAGAGGCUUUGACAAAGUGGUGGCAGAGUGGAAGCAGAGGUUUGAGGAGUCCCAGUGUGAAUUAGAAGCCUCCCAGAAGGAGGCCCGGGCUCUGAGCACUGAGCUUUUCAAACUGAAGAAUGGCUAUGAGGAGUCACUGGAUCAGCUCGAGUCCAUGAAGAGAGAGAACAAGAACCUCCAAGAGGAGAUCUCUGACCUCACCGACCAGCUUGGAGAAGGUGGCCGCAGUGCUCAUGAACUGGAGAAGAUCCGGAAGCAGCUUGAACAGGAGAGGGCAGAGCUCCAGUCAGCGCUGGAGGAGGCGGAAGGCUCUCUGGAGCACGAGGAGAGCAAAAUCCUCAGGGCACAGCUGGAAUUCAACCAGGUGAAGGCUGAAAUGGAACGCAAGCUGGCUGAGAAAGACGAGGAGAUGGAGCAGGCCAAGAGAAACUACCAACGAAUGCUCGACUCUCUUCAGUCCUCUCUGGAGUCUGAGACCAGGAGCCGAAAUGAGGCACUGAGAGUCAAGAAAAAGAUGGAUGGGGACCUCAAUGAGAUGGAGAUCCAGCUAAGCCAGGCCAACAGACAGGCUGCCGACUCCCAGAAACAGGUCAAGAGUCUCCAGGCCUUCCUGAAAGACAACCAGCUUCAGCUGGACGACUCCCAGCACUGCAACGAUGACCUGAGAGAAAACAUCGCUCUGAUGGAGCGCCGCAACAACCUCAUCCAGGCCGAGCUGGAGGAGGUGAGGGCUUCCCUGGAGCAGACAGAGAGAAGUCGCAGGCUGGCUGAACAGGAACUGACUGAUGCAACUGAGCGAAUGCAGCUCCUGCACUCCCAGAACACCAGUCUGAUCAACCAGAAGAAGAAGCACGAGGCAGACCUGCUCCACCUGCAGACCGAGGUGGAGGAGGCCAUACAGGAGAACCGCAACGCAGAGGAGAAGGCAAAGAAAGCCAUCACAGAUGCAGCCAUGAUGGCGGAAGAGCUUAAAAAAGAACAAGACACCAGCGCCCAUCUGGAGCGCAUGAAGAAGAACAUGGAACAGACCAUCAAAGACCUCCAGCACCGUCUGGAUGAGGCUGAGCAGAUCGCCAUGAAGGGGGGAAAGAAGCAGCUUCAGAAACUGGAGACUCGCAUCAGAGACCUGGAGAACGAGCUGGAUGCAGAGCAGAAGAAGGGAACUGAGUCCAUCAAGGGGGUUCGCAAGUAUGAGCGCCGCGUAAAAGAACUCACCUACCAGACUGAGGAGGACCGCAAGAACAUGGCACGCUUGCAGGACUUGGUGGACAAGUUGCAGGUCAAGGUCAAGUCCUACAAACAUGCAGCUGAGGAGGCGGAGGAGGCCGCCAAUGUUAACAUGGCUAAACUCCGCAAGCUGCAGCACGAGCUGGACGAGGCGGAGGAGAGAGCCGACAUCGCCGAGUCACAAGUCAACAAGCUAAGGGCCAAGACCAGGGACGGAUCCUCCAAGAAGGGCCUGGAUGAGUGAGGAGAUGCCAGAAGGUCAACGUAACAGGUGGUCCCGGAUGUCCAUCACUGCAGCUGCAGCGGAGACCAACACCAAAGAUAACGAGUACUUACCAGAAUCAUCUCACUGGUCACUAGUCAGUCACAUGUUCAUAGAGACAAACUCACCGAUGCUGAUGCUGCUCAAAGUCCAGCUGGAGGUCAAACAGACGUCAGAGGAAGGGUAGGUUUUCUAGUGAAGGUUCUUGUUGCGUUUUUAACGCUCAUUACUGAGUCUUGACAGACAGAUGGAAUAGUUCAGGCUUCACUCGUCAGGGAGGAGAUAGUUGGAGAGUUUCCAUCACAACUUCUUCACAUACUUAUCCAGACAAUCUCUAUCAUGUCAAACCACAAAGUAUUAAAGUUGAUCACUGCUGCAUCAAGUGUUAUUCUGGUGGCAAUAAACUCAGACAUGUUGACUGGUU